AAGUGCGAUUUUAUCUAACGUUGCAUGUUUGAUAUAAUCGCAAUCGCAUUUCCAAAUCAUCUGUGACAAGCUUUAAUACAUUUGUUUUGAUUAUUUGUUAGGUUAUAUUAUUCAAAUUUAAGUUCCUUUUUUGUGUUAAAUGAAAAAAGCAAAUAGAUAAGAUUAAGUGUAAAUAUAAUUAUUUAUUUUUCUACAAUUGCAAGUGACAGUCGAAAUGGAUCUAGCGGCUUACAGAAAUGUCGUCGAUUUUAAGAAUAUUUGCAGAACCUGCAUGAACAACCAGAAUAAUCGCGUUAAAAUGGAAGAUUCCACGAUUCGCGUGGAAAACGACACCAUUCCAGUCUUAGAAGUCCUCAAUUCAGUCCAUGAAGUUAAACUGCGUAGAGGUUUUCCAGACGAAAUCUGCGCCACAUGCUUGGAUCAACUGAAAGCAUUUUACAAAUUUAAACUGCAAGUUCAAAAAUCUGAGUCGGUGCUAAAAAGACACCUGGGACCAUUUGAUGAAAACAACCCUAGUGUCAGUCCAUUAGUACCAACAAGUCUUAGCCGAUAUGGUUCUAAUAUAAAGUCUUCCCGUUCAACAAUACAUGAUCUAUUUUUUGAUAGGGAACCUUUGGACAAGGUGAAUGAAGCUGACAUUGAUCUUGGACCCCUAAAGAUUUCUGAUGAUUAUUUUAAUGAACAUUCACCUACCAAACAAAAAGGCAAUUCACAAGUUGCAAAUGAUGAGUUUGAUGAUACAGAGGACCAAGAUCAUGCUGAACCAGAAGUACAAAUAGAUCCAGCAGUUUGCACAAUUUGUAACAAAACAUUUAAAUCAAAGUAUAUUUUAAAUGUCCAUUUGAAAAGGCAUAAGUUUAAAGGGCAAUUUUUGUGCCCCCUUUGUGGCAAGGGAUUCAAUUCACAAGGCUGUUUGAAUAGACAUACCAGAGUCCACACUGGUGAAAAAAAUUACCAAUGUGAAAUUUGUCAAAAGAGGUUUCCAUCAUCUAACAACCUAAACAUUCACCUUAGAACUCAUACAGGUGUAAAACCAUAUCUCUGUAACCUUUGUGGGAAAGCAUUUAGCAACAGAACAGGUCUAAACUUCCAUGUAAGAACCCACAGCAAGGAACGUCCUUAUGCUUGUGAUGUUUGCGGUAAAUCAUUUGGGGCCCAAAGCCACUUGGAUUGGCACAAAAUGAUUCAUACUGGGGAGCGUCCAUUUCCAUGUGACCAAUGUGACAAAGCAUUUAUUAAAAAAUGUGAUCUACAAAGGCACCAAUCAGUACACACUGGAGAAAAACCAUUUGGCUGUACCUUUUGCGAUAAACGUUUUAGCACCAAAGUACAUCUCCAAUACCAUAUAAUGGUGCAUACUGAGGAGCGUCCCCAUAAAUGCCCUGUGUGUGCAAAGGGUUUUAUCCGGCGCUACUAUUUAAGGAACCACAUGCUUAAGAAUCAUGGUACUUUAGAAGGUACCACUUUGGAGGAUAAAAUAGAACAACCAUUGAGGAGCGAUGAUAAUGUUAUGUUACCUUCAGCAGCACCCUCGGUUCCUCCUUUCCCUAUGGAAAAUCCUAAUUUUGUGUUACCUCAUAAUUUGCAGCAGCUGAUGUAAGAAAAUUAUUUAAUGUGUUGGUUAACUCUGGGAGAAAUGCUAUAAAUUGGAGUUGGACAGUGAAUAAAUAAAAAUUCCAGAAAUGUGGGACAUUUUUAAUUUAUUUCAUUCUUUUUAAUAAGGCUGCAGUAGCAUUAUCCUAGUGUAAUUAACUUUGCGCUUAAAAUAAAAAUAAAAGUACUUCACCUUAAAUACUAUCUGAACAUAUUUUCUAUAUUUUUGUUGACAAUGAAUUAUUCCAAUAAUUUGUUGAUUUAGACAUAAAUUUAUUUUGUUUUCGGGACCAACGUUUAGAAUCUAAGUGGUUUGGCUGUCAGGUGCUAUACUUAUGAGAAUAUUUUAUUAUUAUCUUUAAAAUUAUAUGUCUAUUUACAAAUUUACUAUGUGAAUGUUAAUGAAUACAAUGAUAUUGAUUAUAAAGGUUUUUUUUUCCUAAUUAAUAAAUUUAAUAUUUUGCA